GACUCCACUCUGAGCAGAAGGUGCAUGAAAACACUGGCUAAUCUUAAGGAAAAUGUUUGCUGAAUAAUAAUAGGUCAAGAGGACAACAACUUCAAACGGCAGAAGACCCAUUUCGUUUAAGCAGAGGGCCGGAGUUUGGUUUCGGGAGGAGGGUGGCCAUGUCGGGCCGGAUGCUGGCCGAGGGCCUGACCAGCGAGGUGACCUGCCCCGUGUGCCAGGACCUGUUCCGGGACCCGGUGAGGCUGGAGUGCGAGCACAACUUCUGCCGCUCCUGCAUCGGGGGCCUGUGGGGCGAGCUGGAGUCGGGCUUCCGGUGCCCCGAGUGCCGGGAGACCUUCCCCCAGCUCCGGCUCAAGAGCAACCGGCUGCUGGCCAACAUCGUGGAGAGGGUUCGGCAGCUGCGGCUGGACACCGGAGGGACGGGGGCGCCGGGCUGCUCCCUCUGCCCUUGGCACGAUGAGAGGCUCAAGCUGUACUGCCAGGACGACCAGGAGGCCCUGUGUGUGGUGUGUGGCGUAUCUAAAGAGCACAAGGACCACCACAUUGUGCCCCUCCAUGAAGCACAGCAGCUCUGCCAGGAGAAACUAAAGGAGUCUUCUAAUGAGCUGGCGAAGCACGUUGAAGUAUUAAGUGGAAUUGAAAGCAGCCAAGAAGAAAAAAUUGUGGAGCUCAAGGAGAAGACGGCUGCCCUGAGGGAGCGCAUGGUGUCCGAGCUGGACCUGCUCCGCCAGUUCCUCCAGCAGGAGCAGGACCGUCUGCUGGACCUGCUGCGGGAGGAGGAGAGCCGGCUGCUCGGGGAGAUGCAGGACAUGCUCCGCCGCGUCCGCCACCAGAGGACCGCCCUGGAGUCCGAGAUGGCCAACAUCCAGCAGAGGCUAAGCGAGAAGGAGCCAGCCACACUUCUCCAGGACAUCAAAGAUCUGACAGAAAGGGUAAAGCAGGGUACAUCAGAGUGGCAAGUGGUCUCGGUGACCAAGAUGAACAUCGGCCCCUUUCAAGGUCCGCUGCAGUACGCAGUAUGGAAGAGGAUGAGAGGCAUCAUCAGCCCAGCCACAAACUCGUGGCGUGGAGGCCAUGGAGCCGGAGAUCUGACCUCCAGCUUUGAGCAUUUCAGCCAGCAGCUGACUGCAGCAGCAAAUGGCGAGAGAGGCUGCACUCAAAGACCGUGCCCCUGUGUGAGAGCAACAUCAGCAGCACUGGAGCUGACGUGGAAUAUACGAGAGGGCAUGGCGGGGAGCCGCGGUCAGCAGCACAGAGUCUCGGCUCAAAACGUUGACUGUUUACUCAUUGAUGCUGCCUGGCCUGCUGAGUUCCUCCACCAUCUUGUGCUUAUUGCUUUGGAUUUCCAGCAUCUACGGAUCUUCUUGAUGCCAGCCCCGUUGACACUGGACCCGGGCUCUGCCAACCCGUACCUGGUCCUGUCGGAGGAUCUCACCGCCGCCAGAUACUCCUACGCCUCACAGCAGCUCCCCGAGAACCUGGAGCGCUUCAACUUCUGUGCCUGCGUCCUGGCCUCCGAGGGCUUCGCCUCCGGUCGACACUACUGGGAGGUGGAGGUGGGUGACCAGCCGGACUGGGACGUGGGGGUGGCCGCUGAGUCCAUCGACCGUGAGGGCUGGGUCAUCCUGACGCCCGAAAACGGCUUCUGGACCUUCGGCCACGUGCAGCACCCUAGGAUCGGCGUCUACCUGGACCAUGAGGAGGGUCAGGUGUCCUUCUACCGGGCAGACGACAUGACGCACCUCCACACCUACGUUGACUCCUUCAGCGAGCGCCUCUUCCCAUUCUUCUACCCGAGUGCUGACUCCAACGCCAAGCCCCUGAAGAUCUGUCACCUGCACAUCUAA